ACGCAGGAUAGCAGCUGCAAUCUUGCUUCAUAGAUGUAGUGAGGAGGGAGGGGAGAGUAAAGGAAGAGGUGCAGCGAUUUCCUCCAGCUCCCCAACUGGAAGCCAGAUAUGAAAAUAGCAGCAUUGCGGGAGUAGUAGUGCGUCCUCACCUGGCCAACUUACCGGAACUGAUUCAUUCUCUCUUUUUUUGGUAAUAUAUGUAGUGUAGACUACAUUUGUAGCACUUUAUAUAUAUUUAGAUUUUUUUUUCUUUUUAAUGGUUUUAAGAUCUCUUUCCUUAAUGCGCUGCGUUUAGAAUACCCCUAUUAAGCGAGUUGGUGCGCGCAGUGACCGGAUGCUACCUCACUCAGGAGACACCCGGAUUUUGCUGCAUCCGCAAUGAUCUGAGUGUUACUCCAGAAAGUCGUGCAGCGUGUCCGCGGUUCGUGUUUCCACCCAAAUCUUCAGUUUUAUCUGUCAAACACUGUGUGCGUGUGUCAGCAUGGAGUCGCUGAGGUUCAGCACCCUGGUCAGCGCCGGGUUUUUUCUCUGUCUCAUAGGCGCUCUGUCGUGGGUUUCGGUUGUGGCAGAGCAGGAAGUGGAGAAUCUGUCCGGUCUGUCUCCAAACCCAGACAAAGACAUUUUUGUUGUGCGGGAAAACGGGACGACUUGUUUGAUGGCAGAGUUCGCCGUGAAAUUCGUGAUUCCCUACGACGUCAUCGCGCUGAACGGAAUAGACCUGAUCACGGAGCAGGCGUCUCUCUCUCUCCCUCGCGGUGCGCAGAUCGCAGGCACGUGCGGAAGCAGUGAGGCAGAGCUGCACGUGUCCUGGAGCAAUAACGCCUACACAUUCCGCCUGUACUUCAGCAAGGAGAAACGCACCGUGAGAAGAGAUGGGAAAACGAAGGAGAGUGAAGUGUGGAAGAUAAGCAAGGUUCAGCUGAUUUAUGACACCUCUGAGACAACACACUUCAUCAACGCGUACAACCCUGGGAAACACACUGCCAGCACCCAUCAUCUCUCUGCCCUGGUGACGCCAGCAGGCCACUCAUACAUGUGCACAGCUCAGCAGACCCUCACCCUCAUCUCCAGUGACCACCAGAAAGGCAUCACAGUCUCCAUGUCUGAAAUCCAGAUCCAACCUUUCGACAUCAAAAGCGAUUUUGUGUUCAGCGAAUCGUAUAAGUGCCUCACAGACCAGCGUGAGCGGCUUGAGGAGACUCUGCCGCUGGUGCUGGGGCUCAUCCUGGGCUUUAUCAUCGUCAUCACCAUCACUAUUUACCAUUUCCACCUCAAAAUGACAGCUCAACAACCCCAGCUCCCCUGUGACCGCUCCCUCUACAAGCACAUGUAGAGACUCUUUAUGCACUGUGACCAAAGCCUGCCACUGGGGGGAACAGAGCAAUAUCUGCAAACAUUUUGCUCAAUGCUUGUGGAAAAACUUGAUGAGUUUUUCCAUCAUUAAUGUCCGCUGCCUAAUAGUCUGAUCCCUCGCAUUUGAGAUUCGUUCAUUUUUUGAUUAUUAUGAUGAUGUUGAUGAUAAUGUUAUCUAAAAAAGAUAUAUUUGGCACAUUGUUCAAAGAUCUCAUGUCAUGCCAUGUUGUAUCAUUUGGUGUGUGUAUAGUGGGCUAAACUGAAGGUAUUUCUGUUCUGGUGAAGUCACAGCAAAUACAUAAAGAUAUUGUAAGAUUAUAUGGAUUAUAUGAUAUAUGUUAAUAUUGGUAAAAAAAAAAAAGUUGAAUCAUGCAAAACUACUGGGUGCAAAAUUCAAUUGAAAAAUAAACUAUUUUGUGUGUCCA